AUGCCUACGUUUGAACGACCAAUUCCACCCCCCAUGUGGUCAUCUUUCCCAUCUAGCAGGCUAGAGAAUCACCAUCGCGAAUCCCCCCUAGCCAUCUCCCCCGACUUCCCCAGCUCCCUACCCACAUCAACCCCGAUAAUGGGAUCCAAUCACUCCCAACCCCGCCAUCGCACCGGUUCCUCCCUCAUCAACUUCUGCCGGGGAGCAACCUUUAGAAAGAAGAAGACUGCGGCAUGGGAUCCCCCCUCCUACGAGGAAUCCCAAUCCCACCCGAAAGCAUCCAUACCAUCUUCACGACUAUCCACCGAAUCCGAUUCAGACUCCCGCUACUCAUUCCUCAAAGACUUUGACACAAUCUUCCUCGUCGAUGACAGCUCCAGCAUGAGCGGCCCCCGCUGGGCCGAAGCCGAGAAGGCCAUUUCCGCCAUCGCCCCAAUCUGCACCCAGCACGACGCUGACGGCAUCGACAUCUACUUCCUCAAUCACCGCCGCACCUCCACAGCCUCCACCACCGGCGCCUAUAACAACAUCACCACUGCCGCCGACGUCCGCGAAAUCUUCCACAGCGUGCGUCCCCGUGGAUCCACCCCCGUCGGCCACCGUCUCCUCCAAAUCCUCCAGCCCUACCUCCUCCGCGUCCAAGCCAUGCAAGCCGCCCGCACGCCAGACGGAUACCUCUCCGACCCGUCCCUCUACGUGAAGCCAGUGAAUAUCAUCGCCAUCACGGACGGCGAAUUCACCGACGACGCGGAGAGCGUUAUCGUGCGGGUUGCGCGGACGCUGGAUAGUGCGGGGUGUGGCGCGUUGCCGUGGCAGGUGGGGAUUCAGUUUUUCCAGAUUGGCGAGGAUGAGCGGGUGCGGCGGUAUCUGCAGGAGUUGGAUGAUGAUUUGGACAAGUGGUGUCAGGAUGAGAAGGUGAGGGAUAUUGUUGAUACGGUGCCGUGGAGGGGGCGGAGUGGGGAUGUGUUGGAUGCAGAAGGGAUUCUGAAGUGUGUUUUGGGGGCGGUUAAUAAGAAGUAUGAUCGGAGGUCGGUUUAA